GGCACCGAGUUCUUCGUCCUCAUUUGCUUCGCAGCCGUGGCGGCGACGACCGCGAAAGGCGGGCUUGUUGAUGGAGCAUAUUCGGAAACUAAGCUUCUUGCUGCUGUCUUCGAUCUCCGGUGGAUUUGAAGCUGGAAAGGGUUGUGGAUUUCUAUGCACAAACCCAAGUUGUAGCUUUUGUUUUGCUAAAAGCUGGAGUCUUUGUUAGGUGGGUUCCCGAAUUUUCUAGUUUUCUGCGCCAUGCUGGAGACGGGGAUAUAGACGAAGAUGAGAAAGUUGCCGUCUUUCAGCUCCAGAAGGUCGCUGUAUCUGUGGAAUUUGAAGAUACGGGACGCCACAAAUCGUGGCCUUUACAAGAAAACUCUCGAUCUCUACAGUUCCAUCCUGCAAUCUGGGGUAGGUGGUGGUAGUAACUUCACUUACCCGAUGGUCCUUAAAGCCUGUUCUUCUUCCCCCGACGCCAUCCACGUCGGGAAAACGCUUCAUUCCCAUGUUACCCAUCUGGGUUUUCAGGCGGACGUCUACGUGCAGACAUCUCUCCUCGAUAUGUACUCCAAGUGCGGCGACUUGGUUUCUUCGAGGAAGGUGUUCGAAGAAAUGUCUGAGAGAGGCGUUGUGUCUUGGAACUCCAUGAUCGCUGCUUAUUGCCGUUGUUCUCUCGUUGAUGAAGCCGUUUCUGUGGUAAACCAAAUGAGGGCUCUUGGUCUGGAACCAAGUUCGACCACUUUCCUUGUGUUGUUUCCUGCUUGUAGCUCCCUUCUGCAGGGCUUAUCGACCCAGUGCUGUGCCUUCAAAAUGGGGUUCCUGAAUGGUGACGAUGAGGUGCCUCUAACUAAUUCUGUGAUGGGUAUGCUCGUCAAACACUGUCAAACUCAUGAAGCUCGUGCAAUCCUUGAGAAGAUGCAAGAACCGUCCAUCAUCUCUUGGACAACAGUGACUAGCGGUUAUGUGGAAGCUGGACACGUGAAAGAAGCUUUCUCUGUGUUUAACCAGAUGAGGAGGAAAACCAUCAGCCUGGAUUAUGUAGCUUUCUUCGCAAUCAUAUCAGCUUGUGGCCAGCAUGGCGACCUGUUGGUAGCUUCGACGGUCCAUUCUCUAACAAUCAAAACCGGAUGUGAGGGUGAAGAUGCUAUUGACAAUCUGCUAGUGAGCAUGUAUGCAAAAUGUUGUGAUCUCGUCUCAGCUAGAUGUGUAUUCGAUUCCUCUUGUGAGAAAAAUGUCUUCGUCUGGACAUCAAUGAUUAGUGCAUAUCAAAAUGCAGGUCAUCCAGCUGAUGCUAUAGAACUUUUCAGGAGGUUGUUGCAGACAAGUGUGAAACCGGAUGAAGCAACUCUGGCCAUCAUACUUUCAGCUUGUGCUGACACAGGGACUCUGUCUCUGGGAGAAGAAGUUGAAGAGUACAUCAUGACCAACGGGUUGCAGUUGGAUCGGCAGGUCCAGACCUCUUUAAUACACAUGUUCUGCAAAUGUGGUAGUAUAGAGAAAGCACGAACAGUAUUUGACAGUAUAUCAGAGAAAAAAGACUUGGCAGCUUGGAGUUCCAUGAUAAAUGGCUAUGCCAUUCAUGGGAUGGGAAAUGAGGCCCUGAGUCUCUUCCACGAUAUGCAAAAUACGGAAGGAAUAGUGCCAGAUAGUCUUACUUACACGAGCAUAUUACUUGCCUGCAGCCAUUCAGGACUUGUGGAGGAUGGGUUGAAGUACUUCAAGAGCAUGCAGAAGGAUUUCGGUUUAGAACCCAGAAUUGAACACUAUACUUGCUUGGUAGAUCUUCUGGGUAGAGCUGGUCGGCUUGACUUGGCACUGGAAACCACAUUAGAUUUCCCUGAGAAGAUUCAGGGACGUAUGUGGGCUCCAUUUCUAAGUGCAUGCAAGAAGCAUCAAAACGUCGAGCUUGGCGAAUUGGCUGCUAGAAAGCUGUUGGAAUUCAGCACUGGAAGCACUGGGAACUAUGUAUUGAUGGCAAAUCUGUACACAUCUCAAGGCAAGUGGAAGGAGGCGGCCGAGACAAGAAGAUUGAUGGACGACAGAGGACUUGCAAAAGAACCUGGUUGGAGCCAAGUUGAGAUCUGUGAUUCUGGAGAUCGUUAAGGCUGAAUUCUUAAAGCAUUUAAUUUAAAGCUGUACAUAAAUUCAAGAAUCAGGCAUUCUGAUUAUCUGCUCGCGAAUAGUACAAACGUUUCUUUGAAGUAGAAGCCGCAACUAACAGUGUGAAUCAAACGGCUACCUAAACAAAAACAACAAGGGAGCCAAAUAGUAUCUUCUGUUAGUAAGCUAUCUUGUAUUUAUCUUUACAACAGCUAGACGAGUUGGGUCCUUAUGAAUCUGAAAGAAACUGAAACUUCACAAGGAGCUGCCACCGCAAUCUUUUUAGUCUCUUUCGUAAAUCUGGAAAAUCCCUUCCUCAACAUUCUGCAGUACUUUCUUCCUUUUCUAUACCAGUGGAAUUAUGAUUUACCGCUAUAAAAGCUUCACUGUACACAAUCGUGGCUAGUAGAAAGCAUCCAACUUAAUGCAUUCGUUCAUCAAUCAUAGCUUCCCCCCCACCAGGAAAGGUCUCUAUUUAUUUAUUUUCAGCUUUAUCUCGCAUUCUCUCCACAAAGCUUUUACUCUUUUCUUCAAUGUGCCGCCUUUUCUCUUCAAGCUUCUCGCUCAUUUUCUUCCCCAGAUCAAGCAUCCUUGCUCUUCGUCCCAGUCUCUUAGGCUCAUCAAUCCCUUCGAUUGACCUAUCCACAUUUAUUAGAGACCUAGAUGCUGUUUGUGAGCUUUCAGAAAUAUAAUCCCCAUUCUGCUGAAGACCUUUGGGUUCGUGGCUCACUAAUAAUGGAGAUCUCAAUUCUUCUGAUGACCUCCUGGUUUCUGUUGGUGACUUUUCCGAGCUAGCCAAGGCAUCUGAAGAAUCGGGUUUCACAUGUUGGCUUUCACCAGUAUUCCUGUUCACUUCGGAAUUGCUUUCCGGGCUAUUGCUUGAGGUGGUUCCCUUCUUAUCUUCUGUCUUGGCUUUCGGUUUAGGUGGCAGGGAACCAAAAGCUUCGCUCACAAGUGCAUUGUCACCAGUUGAUUCUCGAUUAAGCCACAUGAAAGGUGCAACUUUUUUAGGGACCCAAUCAUUCUUUUCAGCUAACAUCCAAGGAAUACCAACACUUUCACAGUUGGGUAGUACCAUAGUGUCCCGAAUAGCAGUCUGCAUCAGAAAAAACUUGUAACUACUUUUUUAAAUCAAAUUAUCUUCAUAAUGCAGGACGGUUCAAUUUCUGUCCUGAAUUAUCUGCAGAAACUGAACACUGGGCCUUGUUCUCUCAUAUCAAUGGCACCAUUGACCAAGGAAAACUAUUGUUCAAAAGAACAACAACGAUCACUGUAUACCUUUCACCCUUUACGCCAAGAUUGUGAUGAAUGGACUGUCAGGUCGAAAAUGGAUGAAUUGGGCAAAUUCCGCAAAUUACCCCCAAUAGGAAACAUCGAACAGGAGAUGGUUUCAUGGUUCACUUAAAAAACUGAAAUUACAUAUCCAUUUUUGCUUCAAGGGAAAUUCUUCUUUCGUGCUUUUAAGCAUUACGAGUCAACUCUAGAAAUGAAAUUAGCCAACUGGC